AAGGCGCAUGAAGAUCAAAUAUUUGAAUAUUUCAAUUUGAAUUCAAAAAGAAAAAAAUAAGAGAAGUUUCUAUAAGAAAUCAAUCUGAGUAUGCUGUUUUGAAAAAACUUAGUGGUGAACAGAAUUAAAAACUUCUGGUUUGUUGCAAAAACAAUUUUGUUGCAGAGACACAAAUGACCAGAGUUGUAAAGGACGUAGCAGAGACGUUGGGAGGAGAUGUGAAGCAAACCGAGACAGAAUUAUUGAUGAAGCUUUUAAAGACGUCUGAAGAGGGCAAAGCGUCUAAUUUAGUGUUUAGGGCGUUGAAAACAAAACUUGGAACGAGUUAUACCAGAGGGAUUUAAAGCUGGCUGUUACUCACCCUCCUAGCAAUUAUUUCCAACAGAUGAUCUUGUGGACCGAACAGGGGAAAAUAUGGAAAUUUCCCAUUGAUAACGAACAAGGGCUUGAUGAGGAAAAGAAAGUUUACUUUACCGAGCACGUGUUUCUUGAGAAGUAUUUAGAGCCUUGGUGUCCUCAAAAGGGGCCCUUGAGGCAUUUCAUGGAGUUGGUCUGUGUCGGACUUUCGAAAAAUCCAUACUUGACAGUUGACGCCAAACGGGAACAUAUCGAGUGGUUCAAAAACUAUUUUGAAGAGAAGAAACAAUUAUUGAAAGAAGUUGGGGCACUACAAGACAGAGAGUUGGCCCAAACACUUAAAUCUGGAUGUGGAGUGAAAGGGGGCAAUGGUCUGACCCCAUAACAUCACUAUGUAUUAUGUUAUCGCAAACGUUGUCCACAAAUCUUUGGGAGACUAAGAAAUAAUCCAAGCGCCUGAAAAAUUUAAUAUUAAAACUAGAUAUCGCACAGUA